AUGACUAUACGAUUUAAUAGAGUCUACUAUAGUGUUUAUACUCUAUAGGAGACCACUACAUCGUAUAUUCACAAUUUUUAGGUAACCUUAGUUGCUUACCUAAUUGCACACGGCUUUUUACACACACUAUUAGUACAGAUAUUUAUAGAUAUUUUGUACAUAUUACAUACAGGUAUUUAUAGAUUUUUUUUACUUAUUACAUACAGAUGUUUAUAGAUAUUUUGUAGGUUAAUAUAUAUUAAAUAAUAUCUCUUGAUUCAGGCUAAGAAAGGUUACACUCUCGAAUCUCAAACCAAUACAAAAGUUAUUACUAAAUUAAUAAAAUACUUAUUUGAUCGUGAUCAAGAAUCACAUACAUCUAUAAAGCUUAGCUUUCCUGAUCUUGUAGAGAGGACUGUACGCCAACUGGCAUUUGUUUUGUUUUUUGUUAAUUCAAACUGAUAGUAUUGUUAUUUUAUAGACCUUAUUACAAAUGUUUUUAAAAGUUAUUGUUAUUUUAAUAAUGACCUGAAUUAACACAUGUAGGAAGGAGCAUAUGCUCUUGUCUUUAAAAGCACGCAUGAACAAUAAAACUUAUUUAACAAGAGAUGUGCAAACAUUACAACUAGAGAUCCAAGAAAUAAUAAAAGGUAGUUAUUCAUCUUUUAUGCACAAGGAAAUAAUGGAACAACCAGAAAGUGUUUACAACACAAUGAGAGGAAGAGUAAACUUCCAAAAUAACACUGUUUUACUUGGUGGAUUGGUAUCACACAUUGAUUACAUUAAAAGAUGCAGACGACUCAUAUUUAUUGCAUGUGGAACAAGUUAUCAUAGUGCUGUUGCUACUCGUCAGUUGAUGGAGGAGUUAACAGAACUUCCAGUUAUGGUUGAGCUAGCUAGCGAUUUCUUAGAUCGAAAUACUCCAAUAUUUCGCGACGAUGUCUGCUUUUUCAUAAGUCAGUCAGGUGAAACUGCAGAUACACUUAUGGCACUUCAUUAUUGUAAAAGUCGUGGUGCAUUAGUUGUUGGUAUAACCAAUACAGUUGGAAGUAGCAUAUCACGUGAAACCAUGUGUGGUGUCCACGUCAAUGCUGGUCCAGAGAUAGGAGUUGCAAGCACUAAAGCUUAUACUAGUUAAUUUUUGACACUUGUAUUGUUUGCUGUGAUGAUGGCUGAAGACAGAAAAUCAAAACAGGACCGUUGUAAAGAAAUAAUUCAAGCUUUAAAAGUCUUUCCUGAAAAUAUUUCGGAAGUACUCAACUAUGAUAAAAUUGAAGAAAUUGCUAAGACCCUACAGCAUGAACAAAGUUUACUAAUCAUGGCUAGAGGCUUUCAAUUUGCCACAUGUUUGGAAGGAGCAUUGAAAAAAAAUUAAUAGCACCAUUAAAAUACCGAAAUGGCAAACCAGAAUGAAAAUUGAUCUUCCUGCUUCUCCACAAAAUAUGUUUGCUUUAAGAAAACAUGAAAAUAAAAAGC